CCCUCCCCCUGCUAGAGAUACUUCCGCUUUUGAGUGUAUAUUCGUUGAUAUAACAUUUAGUUAGACAGAUUUAGUCUAUUGGAUCUUCGAGAGCUUCCUAUUUGACCGGUGGAAAAACGCGUUUGGACACCCAUUUUGAUAGUAUCACAGCAGAUGAUGGACGCCACAUCAGCAGCUGGAGUUCCUCAUCCCUACUGGCCACGAGACCUGUUGAUUCCCACCUAUGUGGCCAAUGACCGAUCCAUGUCAGAGAUUCUGGUGUUCCUGUUUUCUGUGUCUGGGGUGUUUCUGCUUGUGACCUGGAUGAUCAGCGGACAGAACGGGACCACCGGCAGGCUGGGGACGUGGAGGCGCCUGGCUGUGUGCUGGUUCGCCGUUUGUGGUUUUAUCCACGGCGUAAUUGAGGGAUGGUUCUCCCUGUAUUACGAAAUUAUUCCAGGAGACCAGAGCUUCCUGUCACAGCUGUGGAAAGAGUACUCCAAAGGAGACAGUCGUUAUGUCAUAGCGGAUAACUUCACUGUCUGUAUGGAGACUGUGACUGCAUGGUUAUGGGGACCUUUCAGCUUUUGGGCUGUGUAUGCCUUCUUAACUAAGAAGUCCUACAGGUUUGUUCUGCAACUCAUCAUUUCAUUAGGUCAACUGUAUGGAGCAGUGCUUUACUUCUACACAGAGCACAGAGAUGGUUAUGCUCACAGUGAGUUGGGACACCCGGUCUAUUUCUGGUUCUACUUUGUGUUCAUGAACGUGCUGUGGAUUGUCAUACCGCUUGUGCUCAUUGUGGAUGCAUGGAGACAGCUGUCGGAAGCCCAGACACACGCUGACCACAAGACUAAGACGAAGAGGCACUGACAACAGGAUGAACCUACUGUGUCUGACUAGGACAUUUACUCAGGAAAAGUGAACUUUGAAAAGCACUACGUUCAAAGAUAGAACAUUAAACCAUUGUGCCUAUGUGUGUUAUGUUGUGUCUGUAAACCUAGAACUGAUUUUUUAAAGUGCAAUUUAUUCCUUGUGUCUACAACAAUAAAGUCUAAAUAGUU